UCUCUUUCUCUCUCUCUUUCUCUCUCUUUUUCUUCAAGUAACCCGUGUAUCCGAGUGUUAGUGAGUCGAUAUCGAAACGAAAAGUUGCGGGGGAAGUGGAACGCGAGUGGAACGAGCGCGAUAAUAAAUCUCGAUCCUCGGGGAGAAGGAAGGACGAUCAAAUAUAAAUGAGAGUUUUCCACGGUUAAACCGUUCUUCCCCUUUUUUCCUUCCUUCUUUCCUUUCUUCCUUCCUUCUUUCCCUUCUUCCUUCCUUCCUUCCUUCCUUCCUUCCUUCCUUCCUUCCUCGAGACACUUCACCGAUUAAUAAUAUCCUUCGCCUCCUCGGAGGAUCGAUUUUGGGGAAUCGGUCGAUUAUAAUCGAUGAUGGAGACCGGACCACGAAGACUGCUCCUGUGGUGGAUAUACAUUUUCGGCGUUGCAGGGGCGAACGUGCAGAGCAAAGUGAGAUGUUCCGAGCAAUGGAUGGAAGUCGACAUCGUAAGGAGCAGCCCACGAGCGAGGAUAUACCUGCAACAAAUGAAGGACUUUCCAGACGAAGCUUGCAAACCUCGGCUUAGCAACGGUGUCGCCACGUUCCGAUUACCUCUCCUAGAAGAGGACAUGUUGCGAUGCGGCAUCACGAGGGUCGUUAACAAAGUCACGGGUCAGAAGGUGUACUUUCAUCGAAUAAUAGUGGAGGAGCCCGCGGAUUCCAGCAAGCAUACGUUCACCGUAAAGUGUGUUAUCACCGAGGUCGUUGUGAAACCUGGAAUCUCGAUCGCAGCCAAUCACACCGUGGUUCGCAGGAGCGUUCUACCAGCAGGUUUCCAGGAACCCGACGUGAUCGACAUCAGAGGGGAGAUCUCCGAAUCGGCGCCCGUACCGAUAUUGGGGGUCGGUGUGAGGCAAGGCGGAAAUCUGGUCACCGGAGAGCUGAACGUUAGCCCAGGCACGCCUUUGCAGAUGGAGAUCUUCUUGGACAACGGAUCCGCGCCUGUUUACGGAUUGUUGGUCACCUACAUGCUUGUCACGGAUACCAAGUCGCAGGAGGAGACUAUUAUCAUCAACGGUUGCUCCGUGGAUCCGUAUCUGUUCGAGAAUUUCAACACUGUGGACGGUGACUUUUUGACGGCGAAAUUCCGCGCUUUCAAGUUUCCAGAAAGCACUUACGUCCAGUUCCGUGGCACUGUUAACGUCUGCUUGGACAAGUGCCAAGGGAUCGAGUGCAGCAACGGGCAAAUUGGAUUCGGGAGGAGGAGGAGGGCCAUCGAUGUCUCGAAUACCGACAAGAACAAGCUGUUCGAGGUGACAAUGUCCGCUCUUAUUAAAGUUGACUUCGAGGAGGACGCGGUGAUCGACAAAACUCUGUCCGAAUUGUACGUGAGAAGAGGGAAGAACAGGACAAAAGCGAGGGCGGUGAUCGCGGAAGAGGUGAGAGAUCAAGCUGGUCCAACGACGAUUAGGACGGAGGAGAGGGCUUUCAUAGCGCAAGAAGUCAAAGAACAGUUCAAGUACAAGGUUACAGAAACGAAUGAGAUGAACGGUUCCUCCUCCGCCUGCUGCGAGACGACGAAGAUCUUGUCCUUUAUUCUCCUUCUUCUCUGCCUCUGCAAAUUUUUAUAAAAAGGUUCAUGAAGGGGGACGAUCCGUGAACCGACGAACGAUCGUUUUUUUUUUUUUCUUUUGAUUGUAAAUAGAGAGUAGAAUCGAGAACCGGCCAGGNUCGAGCGGAAUAGUGGAAACCGAUGAAGAUCGAAUUUCUUUGCCGGAUGUUAGUAUAAUUUUUUUCCCUUUCCACGUAGGAAAAGCAAGAUUGAUCGAUGCAUCAUCCAUUUUGUUCGACGUCGGAUCGAGUUUUACGAUCAAGUUAUCGUCUUUCCGAUAACAUUGUCCGAAAUUAAGCUAAGUUUAUUAUUAAUGGACGAUAUCUCGGAUAAUGUUAAUGGAACGAAUUAAUAAAGAUCGUAGAA